GGAGACUCGAACGGAAACGACACCGGAGACCGACCGACGGUCCCGGUAGAGGCGUUACCGGAGCUCGGAAAGUUCUGGGAUCAGCUGCUCGUCAUUAGAACCUGCUGGAGAUACAAGAAGCUGACGUUCAUCAGUCAUGUCUCAGACUCCUCCGAUUGUCUCUGUCCUCCCGACUCGAGGUCUGGUCGACGAGAAGUUCAAGGUCCUAGUGGAGAAUCUGCCUCCAGGACGUCCGGUGACCGUUCGCUCCCUCCACCACUCUGACAAUGAUCACUACUGGGAGGCCUUCGGGUUCUACACAAGCGACCACAGAGGAACCGUCAACGUAUCAAAAGAUCAGAGUGUUGGAGGCACAUACACUGGAAAAGAGCCAAUGGGUUUGUUGUGGAGCAUGUGUCCUGUCCCAGGCAGCCACAAAGGCCUCAGGUUAAGAAAGUUGAACAUGUGCAGCCCCAUGUUGGUCAACAUCUCGGUCCACAGUGGACAUGAAGGCUUCAGGGAUGGAGCUCCUCUGGCCUCGGUGCUGGUAGAGAGAUGGUACAUGGCUCCAGGUGUCAAGAGGAUCGAUGUCCAAGAGAAGGGACUGCUCGGGACUCUGUUUUUACCUCCAGGUCCAGGACCCUUCCCCGGGAUUCUGGACCUUUGGGGAGGUGGUGGAGGGCUGGUGGAGUAUCGCUCUGCCUUGUUGGCGUCUCACGGUUUCGCUACGAUGUCCCUGGACUACCUGAGUUGCGGCCAGCCAGUAUUCACCUAUGUUGAGACUGCAUUUAAUUUCAUCAAGGACCAUCCUCAAGUGAUUGCAGACAGAGUUGGAGUUGUUGGGCUUUGCCUCGGCUCGCUUCCGGCGCUCUACUUAGCAGCCGACAGCACUGUUGUCAAGCCUCGUUGUACUGUUUGCAUCAGCUGCUUCGCCAUUUAUCCAAGCGACAGGGUUCUCUCAGGGUCCUUUGAAGAAAUUACCUCACUUUCUGGCAACAUACCUGUGGAUGAGAACAACCUUGAGAGGUGGAAGGAUGUAGGUCUGGGGCUUCUGUCUGGCUCGUUAAGGAAAGUAAACAUGGAAAAAGUAACGUCUCCACUGUUGCUGGUCUCCGGCUGUGAUGAUCAGAACUGGCCUUCAUUCGAGACGGCUGAAGAUAUAACUCAGACGAUGCGUGCAGCCGGGAACGACCACCUGCUGAGCAGACUGGACUAUCCUGACUCCGGACAUCUGAUCGAACCGCCUUUCUCACCUCAUUUCAGGGCAAGUACAUUUGUGACUACCAAUAAAAGGAAAGCGAUGAUACUGUGGGGAGGUCAGACCAAACCUCACUCGGACGCUCAGGAGGAUUCCUGGAGGAAGAUCUUGAGUUUUCUGCAGCAGCAUCUGUGCUGCAGCCUCAACGCCAAACUUUGAACGAUCACAUGACCACCACAAAUCUGGUACAGGAAGGAAAAUGUGACGAUGCCAACUGUUAACUUGGACCUUAAAUGUUUGUAAUUGUAGCCAUGCUUCUAUUUGGAAGACAUUUUACAACAAAUGAGGCUUUUAAAAAAAAAAACAAAUUAAGAAAGCUUUUUCUUUUUAAACAGUGUUAGUAAAGCAGAAGGCUGCCAAUGUUUCAGUCACUGGAUGGUCAAUGCAGGUACAAAAUUAUAAAAAGAAAUACUGAGCACAGGGUAACUUAACAUGAUAAAUUCAUAAGCAAAUACUCCCUAAUGUACUACAUAAACAUAAGUAUUCCCUGAGAUUAUAAAGUCAUAAAUUUGCAAGAAAAAAAACUCAAUUUUAAUCCAAAUCCUGCAAAGGAAACCACGUUGUUCUUGCAAUUUGCUGAGAUUCGCUUUAAAAUAUGUUUUUUCAGCAGUUAUGACGGUAAUCACAAGUUUUUCUUCAUCAUAAACUAGUGAGUUUUUUCUUGUAAAUACAUCACUAUAUUCUAGAGAAUUUGUGAGGUUUUCUGUUGUAAAUAUGUUCCUUUAAUCAAAGAAAACUCACAAAUUCAUGAGUUAAAAAAUCAACUGUCUGCAUCUGUGGUUUGGUGACGUUGAUUCAACUUGUUACAUUUUUCUGUGUAGACUUUUUGGGGUUUUCUUGUCAAGUUUUCACUUUAAUCUCAAUAAGUAUUGAAUUUAGUUUCUUUAUGAAUUUGUAUAAUUUUCUUGUCAAAAUACCACUCAAACCUGAAGCAAUAUUCAUUUUUUCUUUGGUGAAUUUACGUCUUUAAUCUUGAAAAUUAUGAGUUUCUUCUCACAAUGUCACCUCCUUUUUUGGCUGCCUAAAUGUUUUCUCAUUUGACACUUCGAUCACGGCGUCAUAAUGUUUUCUCAAACUCUUUAAAAUUCAGCGACAGAGAAGAAUAUGCCCCCAAUAUACACAGUGUUAGCUUCUGUAUUCAGCUAGCUAGCGAUCAUUAGCCUGACAGUAAAGCAGAGCCUUCAGAAGGUUCUUAAAACAGAAAGAGGUCAUGAACAUCGUUAAUUUGCAUUUACGCAAACAUGCAGCUUAAAAUGUUAGUGAUGACUUCAUACUAUAAACUUUUGCUCUAAAAAUGUGAUUCGACUUGUUAGCGUCAUCCAUUAGCAACACAGAUCCAAAUCUGUUUGAAUUACCCUCAGAAUUCAAGAUACGUGCCAUGUUUCAGCGCUAACACUGCUAACGGGUUGAUCGAUCAAUAUUGAUACUUAGCAGUGACAAGCUAUAUUGAUCUGUUUCAGAAAGGAUUAACUCCAUAAGCUUUCUAUUAUAAUUUACCAUGAAUCUACUUUAGCAUGUCGACUCUGAUGAAAAACUAGUCUGUGGUGUAAUGUAUCUAAAUAAAAGUAUUAUUUCUAGUA